GUCACAGUAGUUGACACCAGUGAUUGGUCAAGCUCCUAUGAAUGAUUUGUCAUGUGUGACAAAAAAACAGAAAUAUCUACUAUUUUGUAUGAAAAUUUUCACCCUUGACCUUCAUAUAUAUGGUUACGCUAUGUCUUUGGCGAGCUCCAAGAGAAUGUGCCACAUAUGUCACCAAAAUUUUUAUGGAAACGACAUGCUAGAAAGCACAGAUAGAAAAUACUAUUGUCGAGCAUGCUUUAGAUGUAAAAUAUCUGCAGCAACACCGCUUCGUGUGCGGACUUGUUAGCACACAUACAAGCUCGUUUUGCUCUCGUCUAUUCGUCAUUGUCCGUCAGAGCGGUCUGUCAGGUCUGGUUGCCCAGAUACCAGACGAAGUCAGGAAGAAAGAAAAGAAGAACAAAGAAAGGAAGGAAGGGGGAAGAGCAAAGGGGGUGGAGUGCGCUGGUUAAGGAAUGCCUUGCUAUUGUUACCUGAAUCAUCAGGAGAUCAAAAAGUGGGAAAAGCCCAAAACGCUGAUGAGAAGAUGAUUCCAUACCCAGAAAUAUAUUCACAGCAUACUAAACCACGAGGGCCUCAAACUGCUUCAACCAAUACAACUAUACUGUCUAAGAGGCCACUUCAGUGUCCGAAAGCAGAUUGCAACAAGUUCAUAUCUGUCUUCACUUUAGAGUCACAUUUUAGAUAUGAACAUAAGGAAGUACCCGUCUUCUUGACUCAGGUAGAUGCCAGAAGUACGUUGGAAUUUUUUCCGAAAAAUCUAAGAUACGGUGUUAGGAACUGCAUCGUACUUGUACGAGUGAUAGACUACGAUUUUUCGAACAUAAUGCAGCAAAGUAGCCGUUACAGACAACCAGCGACCCCUCGAUCCCUGAACCAUCCACUUCCUCAGCCAACUGACACAGGUCCAAUGAUGGUUUUGAUGGCCGCGCGUUUGGCCAGCUGUCACCUGAGCAUAGUACAGUCCAGCGAUACUUCUGAUUCCACCUACACAGAAUCCAACUGCACGCAAGUCAAUGCAGAAGAAGAACCUUGCACUGCUCAGCAAGAUUCAGAAUACGAUGCUGGACCACUGUGCCCUAAUGACAAAGUGGUUAUUUGGCUAGCAUCAAAUAUUCCCACAAACUUGAGUUAUACAGUCGCCGCCUCUACCAUGAACAACAGGAUCAGACAGAAGUACUUUGGUCCCAUGAUGACUUUGAAUGAAAGCCCCAUUGAUUUAUGCAAAAAGGGAACAUGUCUUAUUCUGACGCACCUACAUGUCAAUAAGAUGACCGAUAAUGGCGAGAAAUAUUUGGCGCUGGAUGUCGUUGUACAUAGUCCUGAUCAAUAAAAAAUUAUACAAA